CAACAGAUUCAGUUUUCAUCUCUGUUCAUUCCAAGUUUACUGAAUAAAUGAAACAAGUGAAGAUGAUUCAAAGGGACUAAAAAUACGCAAAGAGAAAAAAGAAAUAACAGAAAGUAAAUUUCGCUGAACCAAAAUGAGUUGAUAUUUUUUUUCCCUGUGCAACUCCUAAUUUUGCUUUAGUGUGUUUAUCUUUACACCAAACAUUAUUGAUAUAAUUUGCAUCUUUAAAAGGAUCCAGUCAGUUGAUAUUAAAAUUGGUUUUCAAAAUGAAACUUUAUCCAUCUUGCACCCAAUAUAACUGGAAUAACUUAUCCACUUAACCUGAUUCCCUUCAAGUACCUGAUCAAUCAUCAUGAUCACCCAUUAAACCAACAAGUUGCUACUUCUGUUCAACAGAGAGGUUAAUUAGUUUCCAUCGGUUGACCAAGGGUCAUCAUGAAUCUCAACAACACGGAUAUUGAACUGGAUCAGCACAAUUCCUCAUUCCUAUCGGAUAACUAUGACGACUCAGCACUGGGCGAACCCUUUCAAAUAUUCCUCAUCUGUUUGUACAGUGUAACCGCUCUCCUGGCCUUUGCAGGCAACAUCACAGCCAUUUGGGUUCUCAUGGCAGGAAAAAGGUCAUCCAAAGAACUUCGAAUUUUCCUCGUCAACCUGGCUGCUUCCGAUAUAACAAUGGCUCUAUUCUCAAUUCCCUUUACAUACACUUCUUACAUGCUUAAUCGUUGGAUAUUUCAUCCAUCAUUCUGUCCUUUUGUUCAGUUCAUGACUCUUUGUUCAGUUAUAGUCAGUGUUUACACCUUAACAGCCAUAGGAAUUGACAGAUAUUGUGCCAUUAUGAAUCCAUUUAGCUCAACAAACUGGACCAAAGCGAGAGGUAAACUGACUGUUGGUUUAAUCUGGUUUUUAGCUUUGACUGCAUCAAGCACUCAACUGAUCCAUGGUAAAGCAGUCGAAGAAUUUUCUGGAAAUGAAACCAUUUACAUUUGUCGAGAAGUCUGGCCUUCACCGGUAGCCGAGCGAACUUAUACAAUGAUUAUUUUUGUAAUUACCUUUGUCCUGCCCAUGAUCAUUCUAGUGUACACAUAUACCUGCAUUGCUUGGAAAAUGUUGAACCACACAUCGCCAGGGAAUGCAAAUGCAGCACGAGACGAAGCUCAGCUCGAGGCAAAAAUGAAGGUAAUCAAAAUGUUAGCUGUUGUUGUGAUACUUUUUGCACUCUGUUGGCUUCCAUUGCAACUGUUUAACAUACUUUACUGGUUCGAAAUCUACAUCUUUGAUCCCGAUACUCAGAUUGGAAUCUAUCUUCACAAUGGCCUUUUCUUUCUCUGCCACUGGCUUGCCAUGGCAAAUUCAUUUCUUAAUCCAAUCAUCUAUUGUUUCAUGAGUGAUAAUUUCCGGACUGAUCUGGCAGGUUUGGCUCGCACCUGUUCUUGCCUUCCCUACUAUCGAAGGACAACACACCAUGGCUUCCAUCCAAUCUCUGGUGGUGACAAUUCCAUGGGCAGCUCAUUUCGUACAACAACCAUUGUACUGCGAACCUCUGUUCGAGCUCAUCCAACUGGCCCUGCAACUGGUAGUAAUGGGCACAGUCCAUUGACUAGUGUGCCCAGUGUGGGUUCACCCAAUCUCAAUGGACUUCAAGUGAAGCUUUCCGGCGAUCAUUUGGAAAAGGUUGAAUCAAAUGAGAAAAACAUUCGAAGUUCGGUUGCUUUGAUUGACCAAAAUUUAAGCAACUGAGCCAAUUGUAAAACAAAAAAUUCUGUAAAAUUUUCUUUCUUUCUAAAAGAAACUCUAAAUUGUUGAAAAAUUGAACUCUAACCAUGAAGAUAGAGUCAUGAAAAUGAAGAGACGAAAUAAAGCAAAUGA